AUGAGGGAUUCCUCAGGUAGCCCUCGCAGGAUGAUCCUGCCCAUCUGGUCGUCUCUGCUCGAGACAACCCCGGGUGGAGGCCUAUGCGACCAGGGGAUCAUAUCAGCAGCCUCGGACUGCAAUGAGACUUCACGAUCAAAUGGCGUUGGUUUUCUUGUGAACAAAACCUGUUCACCUCUGAUAGAGGACUAUCAACCAAUCUCUGACAGACUUGCUCUCCUAAACCUGAAAGGAAAAUUCUCAAGACUUGUCUUCAUACAGUGCUAUUUUCCAACGUUAUCUCACCCAGAUGAAGAAAUCCUAGAACUUUAUGAUAAUAUUCAAUCCAUCGUCAAUGACAUCCCGAAGAGAGACCACCUUUUCUUCAUGGGAGACUUCAACUGUAAACUAGGUCGACUGCAAAAUACCUUCCCCUCAGCAAUUGGCAAACAUACCCCAAGUAUCGCAAAUACCAGAGGAGAACUCCUUGCUCAAUUCUGUGUGAAAAAUAAUUUGGUAGUCACCAACACCAUGUUUCAAAAGAAAAAAAGCUUUUACUUGGACCUCACCAGAUGGCAAGACUAA